AUGAAAGAAGAUGAAGUUGUGGCAGAUUACUUCAAUCGUGUGCAGGUUGUUGUUAAUAAUAUGAGAACAAAUGGCGAAUUAAUAACUGAAUUGAUGGUUAUUGAAAAGAUCCAUAGAACAUUAACACAAAGGAACAAUCAAAUAAUGGUGGCAAUUGAAGAAUCAAAGGAUCUUUAUAAGAUGAAGGUGAAGGAUUUGCAUGGCUCUCUUGAAGCUCAUGAACUGAGAGCCCUGCAAGCCCAAGGUAGCAAGCAAACUAGCCAAGGCGAUGUGAAGCACAAGAAAGGCAAAGGUAAAUUCAAGUGGUACAAGAAGUAUGAUUCUGAUGAAGGGGAUGGAAAUUCAAGAAAUCAAAAUAUAAGUGAUAACAACAUCAAGAAUUCGAAUGGCAAGAAGAAAUUCAACAAGAAAGGAAUCCAAUGUUACAAUUGUAAAAAAUGGGAGCAUUUUGCAAAUGAAUGCAUAUCCAAGAAGGUACAAAGAGAGAACGCUGAAGCUCAAAUGGCAGCUGACGAUUCAGACUCAUAUAAGGUGUUGUUAAAGGCUACAACAAAAUCAGAUAAUGAUUGCCCAGAGCAGUGGUACCUUGACACAAGUAGUUCAAAUCACUUGAUUGGCCAUAAAGAUUGGUUUGUGAGCAUUGAUGAGAAGGUGAAAAGGGAGAACAAAUUUGCAGAUAAUAGUUCAAUAACUGAAGAAUGA